AUGGACAUCGAUCUUGACGAUCAAGCGAUCAUCAGACGGUUCAAAACUCUGCCUAAGCAACGACGGGCUGUCAUACUCCAUGGUAUUCUAGACACUCUCAGCAGUGAUGAAUGGCGAGAUGUGAAAUGUCGUGGGGAGACCACUCUCUUGCUAUGCGAUAUCGUGGGCAAGCUGCCCACCGAAAUUGCAGCAUUAAUUAUCGUUUGUCUACCACUCGUGGACAUUGUACGCCUUCGAAGGGUCUCUCAUCGAUGGCGGGUUUUGCUAUCAUCCCCUCACGUCUGCCGACGAGCUGUCCGAGCAACUCUGGAGAAAGAUCCCUGGGACAGCAAUAUAUGCACAAAAGAGCUCGAGCUAUGUGAUCAUCUAGGCAAGAUCUUCCAUACCGGACUUGCCCUUGGCGAUGACUUAUCGGAGACCUCCCAAGACAUGAUGAGUCCUAGUCCAAAUGCGUGCCCCUACACGGACUGCGCCUUCAGGAAGAUCGCUCUUCAAAGAUACUGCCAGGAAAAGGGUCGUCCGCUCAAGAGGAUCAACAUUCGCGCCCCUAAUCUAGCCAAAUACGGAUUUCACAGUGAACAUGAAGACUGGAUGGUCUACUCUGAUGGGCGUCUCGCGUGGGUGGAUGUCCUCGACACCAGCCGCAUACUCACCGUGCAUCUGGACACCGGUGUCCGCCGAACUUUCAUGACCGAGAACCGCGACGAGAUCCUCCGUAUCUGUAUGGUCCGACCGUUGUUAGCUGCCAUUACGAUCAGGGGCUAUUGCGUUGUGUGGAACGUGGACACUGAAGAAGAGUCCUCGUUCCGACUUCCCUCUUUGGACCAGUGCGUGCGGAUAGUCAUCAGCGGGACAAAAGUCGCCGUCGCACUCAAAGAUAGUGCGAUGGUUCACUGGUGCUCGCGGAGAAAAGUGUCUACUUCUUUCCAGUCACCAUCUAGACUCGCUGCCCUGUCGGUUCAUCCCUCGCUGGACCAAAUAACUCUGGUUCGCCUGCUCAACGAGAACAUAGAGAUCGAAGGCGAAUUGUUCCCAGAGGUAUUUGGUCGCAAGAUCAACGUAACCACAUAUACAAUGAACGACACUCAGAAAUGGCGCGUCCUCUCAUCCAAGAACAUACCCGUUCCAAGCUCCGUUUUUCUUGCAGAAGAUUCAUAUCUCCACCACGUCCACAAGGAUAAAAGAAUGCUCACGCCCGGCUGUUCAAGCUCAAGGCUGACAAUUGCGCCGCUAGUGCACUCGACCGACACACCCAAAGUCUGCUUUAUCGUCGUUGAGCCCAGCGGUCUCGUUGCAUUUCAUACACUCAAGGAUAAACAGUUCAGCCCCUUAGGCCUGGUCUCGUACAUUGAGAAGGGCAUCAUAUACGCAGAGAACAGGCUGGGCAAAAGGGAUCUACACGCUCCUGUUGUAUCCGCGAAGCCGAGUAUCCAGUACGGUCCUCAGGAUUCAUACGUCUGGUACGACUGGAAAAUUGAUCGUAGAGUCUCCCGCUCGUGGGGGAAGAUGGUCAUCCUUGGUGACCGUCGCUAUGUGAUCAUUCUCAACUGUGAUUGCUGUCACAUCUGGUGCUUUGAGGAUUCGGUUCUGAGAGAUGAGAUUGACGAUGGACAGGCUUGA